AUGCAGGAAGGUUUCUCCUCAGGGAGAUUCUACUAUGAGGUGCAGGUGGAGGGGAAGACUAACUGGACUUUAGGAGUGGUCAGAGAGUCCAUCAACAGGAAGGGGAAGAUUACACUGAGCCCUGGGAAUGGAUACUGGACUGUGUUUCUGAUUGGUGGAGAGUACAAGGCUUUCACUGGUCCCACUGUCACCCUCUCCCAGAGACAGAAACCCCAGAAGGUGGGUGUGUUUGUGGAUUAUGAGGAGGGUCAGGCUAUUCCAUUGACAACCAAGCUAGACAAAUACCAUGAUCAGAUCCGCUCCUACGAAGGAAGGACAUCAUUGUUUAAAGAGGAACUGAAGAAGGGCAACACCUCUUUGAAACUGACCAGGGUACAAGGCACUGAUGAUGGACAGUACAAAUGUCUUGUUCAGUCUAAGACCCAUUAUGAUGAUGCCACUAUUCAAGUCCACAUAAGAGCUAUAGGAUCCAAGCCAGAGGUUUCCAUUGAGGGACAGAAAGAAGGAGGGAUGGGUCUGCUGUGUGUAUCUAAAGGCUGGUUCCCUGAGCCUGAGUUGGAGUGGCUGGACAGUGAAGGGGUCACUCUGUCUGCUGGACCUUCAGAGACAGACAGGGACUAUAAGGGGUUCUACAUAGUCAAACUAAAGACCAUCGUAAAGGAGACUGACACCAACCACUUUACCUGCAGACUCAGACAGAGGCAACUCAGUGAGCAGAUCAACAUGGAGACAGAGUUUCACAUCUCUAGUGAGCUGAUCCUUGUUCACACAGACACAUGGAGAGUGGCCUUUGCAGUGAUUGUCUCUCUGAGCAUUGUCCUUGUGGUCAUAUUAGCUUUCACCAUCUGGCGCUGCAAUCGUUUGUCCAAUGACUACGUGGAUGUGACUCUAGACCCAGAUACAGCACAUCCCCAGCUUAUCCUGUCUGAAGACAGGAAACAAGUGAGAUGUGGAGACAUAAAACAGGAGCUCCCUGACAACCCAGAGAGGUUUGAUAAAGUUCACAAUGUCCUGGGAAAGGAGAGUUUCUCCUCAGGGAGAUUCUACUAUGAGGUUCAGGUGGAGGGGAAGACUGGGUGGGUUUUAGGAGUGGUCAGCAAGUCCAUCAACAGGAAGGGGAAGAUUACACUGAGCCCUUGGAAUGGACACUGGACUGUGUGGCUGAGUAAAGGAAAGUACAAGGCUCUUACUGGGCCCUCUGUCCCCCUCUCCCUGAGAGAGAAGCCCCAGAAGGUGGGGGUGUUUGUGGAUUAUGAGGAGGGUCAGGUCUCCUUCUACAAUGUGGAGGCCAGGUCUCAUAUCUACUCUUUCACUGGCUGCACCUUCACUGAUAAACUCUAUCCAUUAUUUUUUUCUGGUCCUAUUUAUAACAGGUCACUGGUCAUCACUCCUGUAGGUGUCACUGACUGA